ACCAGUCUUGUUUUCUUAUUCAUUUUCUAUUGGUUCUGUUGAUCAUGCAUGUGCAACUUUCCAUGAUCUUUUGUUCUGAUUGUUUUUGCUCUUUGCUGGCAAUUAAGAAUCGGUUUCUGGGUUUUAUCUUACAUUUAACUUUCCUGGUAUAUUCCUUUCGUUUCUUGGUUUAUUGCUCAUCUCAUUUGUGGUUGGAAAUAGAAACCGAAAGGAUACCGGUGUUGCAGUAAUAGUAACUAUGAAUACUGGCUCAGUGGGGAGUCCGACUUUUACAGAUUAUUAGAGAGACGAAAAGAGGAAUACUCAAUCUGAAAGCAUUUUGAGUGCUUUCUUUGGGGAUACUAAACUGUUUUCAUGACUUUUUUCUCAUCAUGGGUAGUAUUUGAUUUCAAUUUUAGAGAAAACAGCUAUUGAGAUAUGCUCAAAAUUCUGAUGCUUAAGGAGCGUAUUGAGUAGGGACUUCAUCUCAGAAGCCUUCUCUUGUUAGCACUAGACAAUUACUGAUCUGUGAUUCCACCGACAGUCUUCCAAAAGAAAGGACAAAACAUAAAUAAAUGGAAGUAGAGAGCUGAAAGUGUAUCAAAAGCAAUUCAUGGUCACAGCUCAGAUUUGAAUCCAGGCUUCUGAUAUCUUCACAGCACGAGAUGUAGUCUAAACAGGGAGAAUUGUGCUGCUGGACUCCGGACCUUAUCAUUAUUAGUAAUCUAAUUCGUGUUGCUAUUAGAUUUUAGUGUCAAAUUUAAAGAAGUAAAUCCAAAGUAAUGUUGAUGUUUCACUGCUACAUUUUAAUUGAUGAAUCUUCCCAGAAUCAUGAGAUGUCGAACGGCUGGCCACUUGGGCUACAGAUAAUGACCAUGAGGCUUCGGUUACAAGAAAGAUUACAGGCUGCAGCUCCAGCGGUGGAACCAUACUCUUUGCACAUGCCUUCAAGCAGUUUUUCCUCAUUCGCCUCCUCCAACCUUGACACCGAGUCCUCAGCAUCAUUUUUCCAAGACAACAGCGUUUCUCUGGGGAGACUAAUUGGGUUCAGACCACGCGACAGAGGAGCACUGUACUUUCAGAACACAAUCCAUGCUGAAGAGAACAACAGGCUACCUGUAACAGGUGCCUGCAAGGAUGUCUCCAGACGACACAAUUCAGAUAUGUCUCAGGGAAUUUGCAUCCCUCUGAUACUAGGUGCUCUGGUAAAGAUGAGCAGGAUUAGGAGCAAGUCAAAGCCAUUGGAGGAUUGAGGGUGAAGAAGCCAUUCGAUUUUCUUUAAUGGCCAUGGCAUAAAAAAUAAUAAUAAUAAAACCCUCAUUGACCACCUCUACCAAAUUCUUUUCUGCCGGGUAUUCAGAAAUUACCCAUUAAUUGUAAGAUUGUAACCUUAACAAUUUUAUUAGUAUGGAAUUCUUGAUUUUCACAGCAUUAUUUAGAGGGUAGAAAAUGGAAUCAAGUUAAUCUAGAGCUGCAUUUGUAAAAAUGCAAGGAAAUUAACUCCGCAAUUUGUCUUGUUAAUCGUAAGUUGGCUGCAUAUUGUAGCAUAGCUUUA